CCCAGGGAAGCAGCCCGCCACGAAGAAGCAGCCUCCCCCUGCUAGCGCCUUCUACCCCUCCCCAAAGCCCGGCCGCCCGAUCGCGCCCCCCAAGACACUCGAGCAGCUACCAAGCCGUCCCUCUCCAACACAGGACUCGGGAGGAGGACCUGGAAGAGUUCAGGGACCCCCGCCCCUCCGCUUCAGGGGCGAAGAGGGAUAAAAGAGAGGCGAUGGUGGAAGAGAAGGAAGAAAGGAGGAAAGCAGCAGCAGCAGCACUGGGCAGUCCGGCAUCAUUCUUUUUCUUUUUUGGAAGGGGCCUCUGAGCUGAUCGCAACAACCCAGCCCCUGCUGUGCUCCUUGGUCCGGAGAAGAGAGAACUGAGAGUUGGGAGUGUGGGGAGGGCUCCUGCUUGCACUGUCUACGGCUCCUCUCCGGCAUCGGCCCGUCAGCCGGCCGCCCCUCUCCAGUCACCGGCGCUCUUCCCCCACCCUCGGGGGGUCGGUGGCCUCCCCGCUCUGCUCAGGCGCAAGGCUCAAAGAUUGUGGCCUCCUCCCCGCCUUGGCCCCCGAGGCAGCCAGCCGAUCUCCCUCCUUCGGCACCAACCUCUCCAGGCGUGUGGGCGCCAAGGCAGACGAUCCCUUCCCCUCCUCGCCUGGUGCCGCUCCGGCUGCGCUGCGCCGACUACCCCAGCACUAGGAAGCCGGGCGUCCCUCCUUGCGCCCUGCCGCCCGCGCCAUGGCGAGGAGAGCGCAAGCUGAAUCUCCGCGGCGGAGGCGGCGCCGGCGGCGGUAGCAGCAGCCGCAGCAGACCCCGCUGCCACUGCCGCUGCUGCGAGGGCUGCAGCAGCGGCGCCCCGGCCGGCGAAGCUGGGGGCGGGCGCGGCUUCGGCAACGGGGCCCCCAGCAUGAAGUCGCUGCUCCUGAGCCGCUUCUUGGUGCUGCUGCCUUGGGUCCUGCUGGUGAUCAUCAUGCUGGACACGGACGGCAACAACCGGGCACCCUCUCCGGCGUCCGUUCUCGCUCGGCGGCCCCAGCAGCACGAGGGGGCGCCCCGGCGGCCAGAGGCCGAGCAGCAGCACCAGCUGCCCAUUAUCUAUGCCAUCACGCCGACCUACAGCCGGCCGGUGCAGAAAGCCGAGCUCACGCGGCUGGCCAACACUUUCCGGCAGGUGGCGCGCUUGCACUGGAUCCUGGUGGAGGACGCGGCUGUGCGCACCGACCUGGUCAGCCGCUUCGUGGCUGGACUCAACCGAGGGGCCGGCGGCGGCCCGCCCUGCACUCACUUGCACGUGCUCACGCCGCGCAGGUACAAGCGGCCCGGCUUGCCCAGGGCCACGGAGCAACGCAACGCCGGCCUCGCCUGGAUCCGCCAGCGCCACCAGUACUUAUCCCCCCCGCAGCCUGGCGUGCUGUUUUUCGCCGACGACGACAACACUUACAGUCUGGAGCUCUUCCAAGAGAUGCGCACAACCCGCAAAGUGUCUGUCUGGCCUGUGGGGCUGGUGGGCGGACGACGCUACGAGCGCCCUAUUGUGGAGAAGGGCAAGGUUGUUGGCUGGUACACUGGCUGGCGGGCAGAUAGACCUUUUGCCAUCGAUAUGGCAGGGUUUGCUGUGAGCCUUCAGGUGAUUUUGUCCAACCCUAAAGCAGUAUUCAAACGUCGUGGAUCACAGCCUGGGAUGCAGGAAUCUGAUUUUCUGAAACAGAUAACCACAGUGGAAGAACUGGAGCCAAAAGCCAACAACUGCACAAAGGUUCUUGUAUGGCACACUCGAACAGAAAAGGUAAACCUAGCUAAUGAGCCAAAGUAUCACCUGGAUGCUAUCAAAAUUGAGGUAUGACCUGUAAGCAUAAAAUGGGACACAUCAAAAUUAAUGGAUGUCACAGUUAUGCCUACCAAACUCAGUUAAACAUUCAAACACCGUACAGUUUGCUGCUGUGCAACAACAUCCUUUACUGGUCUAAUGAAAGACUUCUGUGCAAACAAUCUGUCUGAUAAACUCAAGUCAGAUGGCUCAAGAUGUACGUAAUUUGUCUUCACUUGUUUUGCAUGUAUCUCUCCAAUCUUGCUUUAGUAAUUUUAAGAAACUAUUUCAAUUUUAGGUUGUUGUUUUUUUAAUGGAAGACACCCAGUUACAUGCAGUGGAACAUUUAAAAAGCAACUGAUCAAAAUCAAUGUAAAAUUUCAAUUCAUUUUUCCAUCCAUAAUGCCAGUUGCCAGAUUAUUUAUGCUCAAUGUUUAUUUGCCCCAGAAUUAAACAGCUUUGUUUUGAAAAACAGUAGACAAGAUGUUAUAGAAUGAAACAGUCACACAAUGGUCUAUGGAUUUCUUUCUUUAAUAUAGGGAAGCAACAGCUUAUCAAUACGAGGCACCAUAAAAUGUAAACACAAUUACUGGCAUAAACCUGGAUACAGCUGUAAAGACAAAAAAUAGACAAUUGAGUGAGUUACCCUGUAUGUAUGUUGUGUAAUAUAUAUUUUUAAAUUAGUCCUCUGUACAUACAUAUGUAGUCAGAUUGCCUAUUUUGAAACAAGAAACUCAAAUAGUUCGCUAACUUCUAAUUUAAAGAAAACUGAUGGAGCCACAGUGACAUCCAGGUUUAUCUCUCUUUCACUAUCUAUUGUCCCUGUUCAGCACAUCAUAGUAAUAUUACAGUGAGAAGAAUGAUGAAACAAAAUCAGUUACACAAGGAAAAACAUUCUUCAGUAAUACAUAUACACUCUUAUUUUAUAUGAUUAACAUUUGUUCAUACAGUACCUUCUACGGGAUUCCUGGGUAGUUGGCGGAGAGGGCUUUACAUAUUAGAGAUAGUACUAACAUGAUAACUAUUUCCCUUAUAUGCAAACGUUUGAUCUAUUACUGAUAAAAUAAUUUGAGUAUGUAGUUGGUCAUGUAGCUCUUCUGAAAGAUAUGAUUCAUGAAAUCAAGUGUACUGUAAAAUGAGAGAGCUGCCGAUGAUAGGUGUUCUCAACCUGCUUUUCACUACAUCAAAAUUUAAGUCAAUACAGACCACAACACGGUCAGUUAAGAUUACUUCUUAAUAUAAACAAUUCUGUGAGGUUGAAGAAGGAGAAAGGAGGGAAAGAUAUAUGUACAUGGACAGACCCAGGAAAUUAAAUGUUUGUGUGCACGGAAUGUCAGGUCUCUAAUCUGGAUGAAGCUUCUAUUGCAAUUUUCAUUUCCAGAGUUGUGUGCUGAGAGUCUGGCCCGAGGAACUUCCAGUCCAUCCUGCCACUGUAUUGGGGGGCUGGCCAAAGCCCAUCAUAUUGCUGGAACUACUCAGAUUCAUUCCAGCCAUUUGCUGAUUCAUCUGUGAAGUGCAUACAGAAUUCUAGUCAGUGUAAAGGUAAAGUGUGCCAUCAAGUCAUACAGAUGUUCAUAUACACAAAUUCCAUACUAAAAUUCAAAUAGUAAAUAAGACCCAAGUUUAAUUUAAAAGAAACCAGCCCACUAUACCAAAUUCUGUCUCAGUAAAGGACAUAUAUGUUCAUAAUACCUAUUAUUCUGAUCACAGAAAUAGGUUCCUUUCAAAUAAUGAAUUGUGCUCCCAGAAAUAUUUCCUUUUUAAAAUAUAGAUUCCAGCUUGACUGACCAAUACUUUUAAAUAAACUUCUGGUUUCUCAAAGCAACACAACUAAGUUAGAAAUAUAUGGUUUUGCAACUAGCAUAAAUGAUUGAAACACCCCAAAGUUUUCAUAUCUAUUCUAAAUCUUGAACUCCUUAAUACUGUCUGUGUGCAAGCAAACACAGAACCUAAAAGCUUGAAGACAUUAGCUUGAGAAUACUAAAAUCCUGUAGUCUGUUUUGUCUCCUCAUUGCAGAGUCGUCUUGAAUAUUUUAGCUUCAAAUGGUAGAGAAUGUAGCAAUCCGAAGUGUAGGGCAAAUAACAGUUUGAAUUGAUAUUUAUAGUAAUGAAGAUAUUUUCAGAUGUUAAAAGUUUUCUGCUUUAUGCAAGAAGCUUUUCUGCCAAGAAGCCGUAUCAAGCUGUAUAAAGGGCCAAUAGAUAGGUUACCAGAGUGGAGCCAUUUCCAUGUGGCUGGGUGCCAUGUCCCUUUGGUAACACCCACAGUAAGCAAUCUAGCGGUUGGGUGAUUGAUGUUGCAACUUCCUAUGCUAACAGCAGUUAUGUUGGCAUAGGAAUUACCUUGCCCAAGUAAUUGCUUCCUACAAACAUUACCACAGAGGAUGGGAUCCAGCCACGUGGAAACUGUGCUCACACUGCUCUGGAAACAUAUGGAAUGACCCUUUAUUACAAUGUAAAAUUUGCAUUCCCGUUUUAGAGAUUGGGGCACCCACAAGUUACUGCUUUUUAUUCUGCUUCACAUUAAACAGAGCUGUUAGGCCACUUAUGGCUCUAGUUCUCAAAUCUCAUAAUUUUAAAUGCUUUUUUUUCAAAAAGCAACUAAAAAUGCCAUUUUGCAAUAAGUAAUUACUAUAGAUUGUGGUUGUAGGAAAUGUGCUAAAGUCUAGGUGAUUUUAUUCCAUCAUUCCUAGACCAUUUAGAAAAAAGUACUGGGGUGGUGGGGCGGAGAUUUGCUAAUAUUUUAUAUAUCAUUCAAGACAACGAUGCAUUACCUUGUAAAUGUCAUUUGAUGCAUAACAGACUAAGAAACAUUCUAAAUUAUUAGGAACUAAGGUUGUUAAAGCCAUUCUUGUGUCAUGCCAUGUUAGGACCGUUAAACUGUUUCCUUUCCUGAAAGCCUUCUACAGCAGCAUCAUAUUGAUAAUUGAACUACCCUUUGGAAAAAUUAUUUAAUGAUAGCUAAGUCCUUAUCCCAUUCUCCCCUCCAAGUUUCCACUAGACUAGAGCCUCUUUGUGCUCUAAAGGUUUUAUGGGACAUGCUUGUACUUUCCUUCAGUAACGCACAGCUGGGAGUGACUGAUGCAGAAGUGCAUAUGCUGGUUUAGGAAGUGGACAGUCACAUCACAUUGUCUGCAAAGGGGUUUAUAGCUGCAGCGAGGGGCCACAGCCAGAAACGGGCAGAAUAAGAUGAUUUCACAGGCCACAUUAGAGUUCCAAGCUACGUGCUAAGCACCUUUGCUCUAGCUGCUUUCCACACCUGCUAAUUCUUGAUUCAAUUCAAGCUACUGAUCAGCUCACCAGCCCAUACAUUUGAGGACUUGUGUGCCAUCCUAGGUAAUUAUAUUCUUUUGUAAGCCAGUGGUUAUCAAAGAGUUACCAUGGGCCUGUUCGUAGGAAGCUGCCUUAUAUUGAGUCAGAUCCUGGCCCAUUAAGCACAGUAUUGUCUACACUGACUGACAGUGACUCUCCAAGGUUUCAUCCAGUCCUACCUGAAGAUUGAACCUGGAACCUUCUGCUUGUCAUCUGUGUGCUCUGUCACUAGUUAUGGCUGUAUGCUCUUCUUACGUUACUGCAGCCAUGUAGUUACUGCUCCCUUGGCAGAAACCCAUACCACACUGUAGGGAGCAAGCAGGCAGAUUGUGCAAUAGGCCUCCCUCUCUUGUCAAUGUCACCAGCCCCAAGCCAUAGGAUUGUUUCCUAUAGAUGUUACUGAAGCAGUGUGGGAUCCAGCCCUAAGAGACAACCAUGCUGCUCUGGCAACUUAGUACAGGCCCUAUUGAAUAGUUGUCCUGAUUCUUAAGCUUACAGGGAUCUUUAAAUCAGAAAUAAUUUGUUGGAAGCUCAUGAUAUGGAUCAUGAGGACUUUAGGCUUAAACAGAUACAAAUAAUGCAAGUUUACAGCUCAGUUUACUUGAAAUGCUAGUGGCACGACUAAUUUACAACUAAGACUUCACUCUAUAUGAGCAAGUAUUGCAAAAUUAAGUUUUGAAAACAAGAUCAAAAUGUUAAUUACACAUUCUUUUGGAUUUUUAUCUGCUUACCUAGAAAACUCUUAGUGUCCCGCCCUCCGAUUGUUAAACUAAAGCCAAAAGUAGGACCUUUUGGUUUUUUUUGAUCUAGUUUACUUUUUAUAGCUUAAAUGCAUCACUUAACUAAACCAAUGUCUGCUCUGAUACAAUCAUCCAAGAUAAUCACAAAUCUGGCAGAGGCUACAGACUUCCUGAAAUAACCCCUUCCUAGUAUGUGAAAUUCAACGCUAAUUCACCAAGUUCCUGCCCUCCCAUGAACAACAACAAGAAGAAAGACUCCCACCUGAGAAAGGUUCCAUUGAGUUGGCUGAGUUGGCUGCAUACCAUAUUUAUUUUGUGCUGGGGCUAUCUGCCCAACCAUAGUUCCUUGGGGUCCAACAACAUUUUGAGGAAGUCCUAAACCAGCAGACUGUGCUGGGACAGAAAAGCCAUUCGGCAUGCCUAUGCCCACCAUCAUGCCUGCAUUCUGUCCUAUAACAGGCACCGACUGUCCCAUCAUGUUUCCCAUCAUUCCAGGGGCUGCAGGCACAGGCACUCCCAUGGCAGGAAAGCCUUGAAAAUGACUUGAUGAUUGUGCAGGGAAGGGCAUAGGUUGCUGGCCCAUGAAUACACCUAAAUUGUGUAGAAGGGAAGAGGAAAAGGAGAACACCUUUCAUUGUAGUAACAAAGACUUACAUUCUAAAGACUUAAAUUCUAAAAUUCUAAAUUUAAACUGCAAGAAUGCUUUUGCAAAAGCAUGCUUUUCUACACAGAACUUCAGUUACAUUUGUCAAAAAAAUGCUAAGCAAGAGAGGAGGAAGCAAAGUGGCUGUGUUGCUGAAUUACACUCAAGAUCCACUCGGAUUUUUAUUUAUUAGCGACAAGCUCCACAUUCUUAAGAGGAGGAAUUCUUUUAUACCAGAAGUGUAGGGGUGCAAAUUCCAGAGGUCUAGCCACAGGUGACUGGCCACUAUGUUGCUGAAGAGGAUAGGAAGCAGGCUCUCCUUAGCCCCACAACACUCCCAGUGUGGAGACACAGGACUGGCCACUGCCUUCACUGCUGCCUCUUAAUCUUUCUCCCUGCUCCAGCUUUAUCCUAUUUAUCCAAGCUUUAUCCUCUCUAGCAGCUGCUAGAAAGAAAUCAAGGGCUGGGAAAGUGACAGAAAAAUGACUGCAAGCCACUUGGCUUAGUCUCAGGCAGGCCAUUUGUGAGUUAUGUAACUUAUUUUGGCUUCUGGUUUAGCCUUUAGAAUGUUGCCUUCCCCUCCAUCCCCCCCCCUCCAAAAAUAAUUCUUUUCAAUAUAGAAAUGUUUUCCCCCUGCAUCAUAACCAACCACAUUAUUUAUGUGCUGUUUCUAGUCAACAAAGUGGCUUAAAUAUUAAAACAACCCAAAUAGGUAGCAAUAAACACAGCAGUGAACAACAUUAUACUAUAGAACAAAAUGCUUCCUGGAACAAAGCAAACAAAAAAGCCUUUGCUUGAUCUCUAAAAGCAGCCAGAGAGGGGGCCAGUUAGAUCUCCCUGGUUCAGGAAUUCCACAAAUAAGUGCCGUCACUGAAAAAGGCCCCGUGCCUGAUAUCCACCAAUCAAAAUUCUGUCCAUGGCAGGCCAGAGAGCAGAGCUUCUGUGGUAGAUCUUAAAACUCAUAAGCUCAUAUGGGAGAAGGCUGUCCUUUAAGUAAACUGGUCCCAAAUAGUUUAGAAAUUUAAAAGGUUAAUAUCAGCACCAUGCAUAGAGCCCAGAAAUUUAUUUUUAUGAAAGAAUGAGAUUAGGAGUUUCACUAGUGCUCUCUCUCUCUCUCUCACUCCCAAAUAGAAAUAUGAAGGCAAAUUCUUCAAUGUUCACCCUUCUCUCUAGUUGUCUUAUUUUUUUCAUUUCCCCCCUUUCAUACCAAAUUCUCCUCUCAGCAUUUCCAUUGCUUUCUAGUAUCCUUUUUGCGCACAAUCCUCUUCCUCUUGGCCCUUUACUUUCUCCACAGCUUUAACAUAUCCUAAAUCCCCCUCACACCUUCUUUUUUAUAUUUUCCAUUCCUUCCCACAUUUUCAAAAAUAUUUUAACUUCACUUUCCCUCUUUAUAUUCUUCCCUUCUCUCUCGUCAGUGGCUCUACAGAGCUUAAACUCAUGCCAGGGCUCCCUAGAACUCUGCUCCAGAAGCUCCUUCAGUAGUGGAACACAGGUCUGGAAGAUGGCAGUAACAACCAGAAGGGUAGCAACCAUAUGCAGAGUCCUUUUCUCUUAUCAAUGAAUGAAUAACCAGCAGCUACACAGGGGAGGAAGGUCUCCCCAGUCAGAGGCCAUCAUUUUCAGUUAAGCCUGAUUCCUGGCAUCUCUACCUGAAAGCAAGGCAGCAGGAUGGAAAGGGGGAAAACAACAAAAGAGAACAGGAAAUCUCAUCUUACUAGCCUGUUCAGGACUUUGCCUUAUGCCACAAUGGCUUCUAAGAUUUGAAGAAAUGUUUGCACCUAGGAAUAAAAGAUUUAACUAACAGUUGUGUGAACAGCUGUAGCACUCCAGGAUCAUUCUCAAUCUUGAAUAAUUUUGUUCUUUAGACUUCUUAGAUUUUAGUUUUUCCACUGCACAAUGGGGAAAGAAAGCUUGUGUUGUAUAUACUUUUCAGAGAACUGCCCCACCCCCAACCUACCUAUUGUAGGUUUGAAAAGCAAACUGGAAAACCAAUUACCUGGAGGAUUUUGCUGCGGCAUGGUCCCUGUGCCAUACAGCGACAAUAUGGAGUCUUUGGAGAGCUGUUUCUUUGCUGACUCUUCCAAUUUUGUUUGUUCAGUGAACAGAUCAAGAUCUCCAGAUGCAGCGGAUAAAGUGGCAGCUGCAGGGUUAGUGGAAGCGCUCUGGGAAAUAAAGGUCAAAAGGACACUACUGAAAGAAAUUACUAGUGGAAGUGUUAGCUGAAGUGGUGUGCGCCUUUUCAUUCCUAAGCUGAGCAAAAAGCAAUUUAGUUAUGAGAUUAGUACCGAACUUGCCAAUUACUGGUGCCAAACAUCUGAAAGCACUGUAAGGACAAAGUUUUAAUGUUACUAAGACAAAAAACUAGGAACUUUAAUACUUUAUACAUGUUUCCUCUAUAGGUUGUUUAAAUCACAAUUACACAGGGUAUGAAGAUUCAUCAAGAAGCUUAUGCAGUGUGAAGCAAAAUUAGGGCAGCACCACACUUCAUGGAGGAAAUGUGUCUGCUACCUGUACACUAAUGUUUCCUUCAGUAAGCAUAUAAAAUAUGGAAGCCAGCCACAUGCCUUUAAGAAUCUUGACUGGUCCAGGGUUUUCAGACAUGUAUACAUGGAUAUGUCUUCCCAUUUCCUCUGCAUACAGCCAUGUUACACCAAAGGAACUAAGUUUGCUGCGUAAGCUGUGGAGCUACCCUUUGAUAGAAAUCAAACUCAGAACUUCUCAGGAUACUGCAGGAUGGUGUCUUAUAAAUGUGCCCUUUUCCACUAUUACUACAGAGUACUUGUAUGCAGGAUUGUAGCUGACUUACUGUAUGUAACAUACCAACUUAUUUUCACAAUCUGCCAGCAUUUACCAAAUAAACACAGAACUGCAACA